UUACUUGGAACUUAAUGGUGAGCGUGGAACGAUCGAAGUAAGGUCCUGGUCCCCGCUUGGGGGUUUUUCUUUUCUCUUGUUGUGGGAAGCUUUUUCUACGUUCUCGGAGGUCCUAGCCUUGGCCAGGGCUUGGCCUUCUAGUCCGCCCUUUCUAACUCUUUUUUCCUUUGUUCCAUCAAGGCCAGUAAGAGGAUUUCAAAAAAGCAUUAAAGAAUCCAUACAAGUCUUUUGUCUUCCAAACAAGCGAACUUCACUAGGUUACAGCAACGUCAAUGUGGAAGGCUUCUGCUGCUUGGUAAAUUUCCAAGGAAAAAGCGCCCUCAAAACUCUCAUCCAUGGCAUUCUUAAGCUCAACACGACAAGUUUUCCGAUCUAGCUCUCUCCUUCUGUUAUUCUAUUUUGUGAGUUCUAGCCGCACAUGGGACCCCAUCAAAUGUUCAUCAGGGAAUACAAACUGCACAAUCACAAAUUUCUACGGAGCCUUUCCCGAUAGAAGCGUUUGUCGAGUAGCAGAAGUGGUGUACCCAUCCACAGAGGAAGAACUCAUUUCAGUUGUAGCAAACGCGACCGCUAGCCGAAGGAAAAUGAAGGUGGCAACAAGUACCUCACACAGCGUUCCCAAGCUAGUCUGUCCCGACGGCGAAGAUGGACUGCUAAUAAGCACGAAGUAUCUGAACCGUACGUUGAAAAUUGAUGGUGAAGCUAUGACGAUGACUGUGGAGAGCGGUGUAUUAUUGAGGCAGAUUAUCAAUGAAGCGACCAAGGCCAAGCUGGCCUUGGUUUCUACCCCGUAUUGGUGGGGCUUGACAAUUGGUGGCAUAUUGGGCACGGGUGCCCAUGGGAGUACAUGGCAGGGUAACGGAAGCGCAGUUCAUGAUUUUGUUGUGGAACUUCGAAUCGUUAGUCCUGGUGGUCCUGAAGAUGGUCAUGUUAAGGUUCGGACGCUCAAUGAUGGGGACACAGAUUUUAAUGCAGCCAAAGUUUCGCUUGGAGUUCUCGGAGUUAUUUCGCAGGUCACUCUUAAACUACAGCCUCUCUUCAAGAGAUCCAUUGAGUUCAAAAGUAUGAAUGACUGGGACUUGGGAGAUCGAAUUGCGAAUUUUGGGAGAAAGCAUGAGUUUGCUGAUAUAACUUGGUACCCUAAUCAACGCAUGGCAGUCUAUCGGAUAGAUGAUCGUGUCCCCAUGAACACGUCUGGUGAUGGUCUCUAUGAUUUCACGCCAUUUCGCUCUAGAUCUUCCGUUGAAGUGGCCAUUAUCAGAACCAAAGAGGAGCUUCUAGAAUCCACUGGGGCUAUCGAGGGAAAGUGCCUCUCUGCAGAAGCAAGUGUUUCUAAACUCGUGGAUGGUGCCUAUGGUUUAACUAACGAUGGUAAAUCCUUUGAAGCCUAUCCGGUUGUUGGAUAUCACAACAGGUUUCAAGCAUACGGAACCUGCCUAGACAGUCUUGAGGAUCCGGAGAUGAUCAGUAACGUAUGUCCAUGGGACCCAAGAGUUAAGGGUCAUAGGUUCUUUCACCAAACCACAUUUAGCAUUGGCUUGCCCAUGGCUAAGAUAUUCAUCCAAGACGUGCAAGAGCUAAACGACUUGGUGCCCAAAGCAAUGUGUGGCGUUGAACUUUAUAAUGGAAUCCUCAUACGCUACGUUAAGGCUUCGACUGCUUACCUGGGUAAGGAAGAAGAUGCAGUGGAGUUUGAUAUCACAUAUUAUCGAAGCAAAGACCCUAAAAGUCCUAGGCUUUACGAAGACAUAUUAGAAGAAAUUGAGCAACUCGCACUUUUCAAGUACGGGGCACUGCCCCAUUGGGGAAAGAAUAGGAACCUAGCGUUCGAGGGAGCGAUCGAGAGGUACAGAAAUGCCACAGAAUUCUUGAAGGUUAAAGAUGUUUACGAUCCAUUAGGUCUAUUCUCUAGUGAGUGGACAAAUAAAGUUCUGGGUUUGGAAAGAGGGUUGACUGUAGAUGAGCAGGGUUGUGCACUAGAAGGGUUGUGCAUAUGCUCAAACGACAGUCAUUGUAAUCCAAACAAGGGCUAUUAUUGUAGAUCAGGAAGAGUAUACAAAGAUGCUAGGGUUUGUCGUUUUACAGCUGAAGAUAUAUGCCCCGCAGAAGGUGGUGGCGACUCAUGCAAUAUGGCCCAGUACCAUACCGAGUUAUGAAGGGAUUCUCAACGUGUUUCAUUUCCUCGUUAAGGAAAAGUUUCAGGAACCAGCAAACUUGAGUAAUUAAUCCAAAUCACUCUUUGCUUGAACUGCUUCGAUUGCUCUGAUUAGAAAAAAGAUUGAGAUUCAAGUGCUUGAUCUGUAAUGAAUCCAUAAUAUUGUUAUGAAUUAUAUUAAUCAGAAUAUUACUAUUUGAAAAAUAUAUUCAUUUCACUCUUAUUCUAUCAUCA